UGGAAAAUGGCUGAAGGAGUGGGCUGGGUUUGGAAACAAGACCACUAUUAAAGGCUGAGGCUUGACCCCGGGAGCAAACUGAGUAGCACUGCAGAAGAGAGAGGAUAUCGUUCAGGAUGCCAGAACCGGCCAAAAAACCAGUUUCAGCAUUUGCCAAGAAACCAAAGACUCAGGAGGCAGAGGAAGGCUCCUGUGUGGUUUUUGAAGCUGAGACAGAGAAGUCUGAAGCUAAAGUAAAAUGGCAGUGCAACUCAAAGGACAUUGCCAGCAGCAAUAAAUAUGCAAUCACAGCCGCUGGAAACAAGCACUCCCUCACCAUAAAAGACAUCACCAUGGAAGAUGCCAAUGUCUAUGCUGUGAUUGCUGGUGGUUCAAAGGUCAAGUUUGAGCUGCGGGUCGCAUCAAAGCCAGAGGUUCCAGCUGAGGCUCCUGCUGGUGAACCUGGGAAAGCUGACCAGGCUCCUGUUCCACCUCCUGCAGCUUCCACGCAGGGAGAAACCUCUGCUCCAACACCUGAUGCUCACCCAGCUGAGGAUGCGCACCAUCCAGACACCAGACAGGACUUGACUGGACUCUUUACAGAGAAACCUCAGUGUGGAGAAGUCACUGUGGGUGAAAAUAUCACAUUUGUGGCUAAAGUAAAUGCUGACUCACUUCUGAAGAAACCCAGUGUGAAAUGGUUCAAAGGGAAGUGGAUGGACUUGGCCAGCAAGUGUGGAAAACACCUGCAGCUGAAGGAAACUUACGACCGCAACACCAAGGUGUACACAUUUGAGAUGCAAAUCGUUGCUGCUAAGCCUAACUUUGCUGGAGGUUACAGAUGUGAAGUUUCAUCCAAGGACAAGUUUGACAGCUGCAACUUUGACCUUGCCGUACAUGAGGCCCGAGCUCCUGAAGGUCUGGACAUAAGAGCGGCUUUUAGACGCACUAGCACAGAUGGCAAAGACGAUUCAGGAGAGCUGGACUUCAGUGCCUUAUUAAAAAAGAGAGAGUCCAUCAAACCGGCACACAUGAACACAGAUCCUGAUGUUGACGUGUGGGACAUCCUCAGUCAUGCUCCCCCCUCAGAAUUUGAAAAGAUUGCUUUCCAGUACGGCAUCACCGACCUGAGAGGGAUGCUCAAGAGGCUUAAGAAGAUGAAGAAGGAAGAAAAGAAGAGUGAAGCAUUCCUCAAAAAGCUGGAUCCUGCAUAUCAGGUGUUAAAGGGCCAUAAAAUAAAGCUGGGAGUUGAGGUUGCCAAUGAAGAUGUGGAGGUGAAGUGGUUAAAAAAUGGACAAGAAAUCCAAAAGUCUGGAAGCAAGUAUAUCUUUGAGUGCGUUGGAAACAUGCGCUACCUUACCAUUAACCACUGCUCCUUAGCAGAUGAUGCAGCUUACACAUGUGUCAUUGGAGAGGAGAAAUGCACAACAGAGCUCUUUGUUAAAGAGCCUCCUGUUACAAUUGUAAAAAAUCUGGAGGAUCAGAUGGUGAUGAAGGGUGAGCGGGUAGAGUUAGAGUGCGAAGUAUCAGAAGAAGGAGCCAAUGUGAAAUGGGAGAAAGACGGGGUUGAACUAACCAGAGAUGAAUCCCUGAAAUAUCGCUUCAAGAAAGAUGGCUGCAAGCAUGUGCUGAUCAUUAACGAAGCCACCAAAGAAGACGGUGGACACUACAAGGUCAAAACAAAUGGAGGAGAGUCUGUAGCUGAACUGCUGGUGCAAGAGAAAGAACUGGAGAUCUACCAGAGCAUUGCGGACCUCACGGUAAAGGCAAAGGAUCAGGCGGUGUUCAAAUGCGAAGUGUCGGAUGAGAAUGUGAAGGGAACUUGGUACAAGAACGGUGUUGAAGUCAAACCCAAUGCCAGGACAAACAUCUCCCAUAUUGGAAGAAUACACAAACUGACCAUUGAUGAAGUGAAACCUGAAGAUGAGGGAGACUAUACUUUUGUGCCAGACGGCUAUGCUUUCAACCUUUCUGCUAAACUCAAUUUCUUGGAGGUGAAGAUUGAUUUUGUGCCUCGCCAAGAUCCUCCUAAGAUCCACCUUGACUGCAUGGGCCGCACUUCUGAUUCAACAAUCAUAGUGGUGGCUGGAAACAAACUGCGUCUGGAUGUCCCCAUCACUGGAGAUCCUUCUCCGACAGUGAUCUGGACCAAAGGAGAGAAGGCUAGCUCUGUAAAACCUGAUGGGGAAGAAAACGCAGGGCUCUCAGCCUGUUGGACCCUAAAUGAUGGAGAGGUCAUCACAGAAGGAGAUGGCAGGGUCCAUGUGGAAUCCACCAAAGGACACUGCAUCUUCACUAUCGAGGGUGCCGAGAGACAGGAUGAGGGGAUCUACUCUGUCGUUGUUCGAAACCCAGCAGGGGAAGACACAGCUGAUAUCAGUGUCAAGGUUGUUGAUGUUCCAGAUCCUCCCCAGGCUCCUAAAAUCCUCAGCGUUGGGGAGGAUUCCUGCAUUGUUCAGUGGGAGCCCCCUCUUUUCAAUGGCGGAGAUCCAAUCAUUGGUUAUGUCGUGGAAAGGAAGAAACUGAGGAGCUACAGGUGGAUGCGACUGAACUUUGACCCAUACCCUGAAACAACCUUUGAGGCCAGGCGCAUGAUUGAAGGCAUGGCAUACGAGAUGCGAGUCUAUGCCGUCAACAACAUUGGCAUGUCUCAUCACAGUCCAGCCUCCCAACCAUUCGUGCCAGUGGCCCCUACUAGCGAGCCCAUCGGUCUGCACGUUGAAGACAUCAGCGACACUUCUAUCACACUGAAGUGGCGAGCUCCGGAGAGGAUCGGCGCUGCUAAGCUCGAGGGCUAUGGGGUCGAGUACUGCAAGGAAGGCACUGAUGAAUGGAUUCCAGCCAACCAGGGUCUUACAGAGAGAUCAUCGAUGACUAUCAAGAACCUGACCACAGGAGACAAACUGCUGUUCAGAGUGAGGGCCUACAACAUGGCAGGGCCCAGUUCUCCGGCAGUUCUGGCACAGCCUGUGACUAUCAGGGAGAUCAUGCAGCGCCCAAAGAUUUGGCUUCCACGAAAUCUCCGGCAAACCCUCAUCAAGAAAGUUGGAGAAACUGUUAACAUUAUGAUCCCGUUCCAGGGUAAACCCAGGCCAAAGGUUACGUGGAGUAAAGACGGAGAACCUCUGGAGCCCUCAAUCGCAAGCGUGAGGAACAGCGAUUUCGAUUCCAUCCUCUUCAUCCGAAAGACGGAGAGAAAGCACUCUGGCCAGUACGAUCUCACAGUGCAGAUUGAGAAUGUGGAAGACACAGCAAAAGUCAUGCUGCAGAUUGUUGAUCUCCCGGGGCCACCACAGGUCCUGAAGAUUGUUGAUGUGUGGGGGUUUAAUGUGGCACUGGAAUGGAAGCAACCAAAGGACAAUGGCAACUGUGAAAUAAGUGGCUACACUGUUCAGAAAGCUGACAAGAAGACCAUGGAGUGGUUUACAGUCCAUGAUCACUACAGACGAACACACUGCGUGGCGUCCGACCUCAUCAUGGGGAAUGAGUACAUCUUCCGCGUGUUUUCCAUCAACCUGGUGGGCCUCAGCCUGGAGCCACUCACCACAAAGGACAGUGUGUUCAUCCAGAAAUCAGGUAUUGACUACAAAUCUCCCGCAUACAGGGAGCAUGACUUCUCAGAGGCUCCCAAGUUCACACAUCCUUUAGUGAACCGGUCGAUAAUAGCAGGAUACAACGCCACUCUCAGCUGUGCUGUGCGAGGAAUACCAAAGCCCAAAGUGACCUGGUACAAAAACAAAAUGGACAUCUCCAAUGAAGCCAAGUAUCGGAUGCUGUCUAAGCAAGGUAUUCUGACGCUGGAGAUCCGUAAGCCAUGUCCCUUCGACGGCGGCGUGUACAUGUGCAAAGCUGUCAACGACAAGGGCGAGGAUGUGGUGGAGUGCAAACUGGAGGUCCGACCUCAGAUUGCUAAAGAAGAAAAGAAAGAGGCCCAGUGAAUGAGAGUUUUGUCUUUGAAUGAAGAGGCGAUGAAUCGAUCUUCAGCAGGAUGACGGCUUAGAACCACAAGAUGCUUAAGUUACAUCCCUGAAAGUGCUUAAUCAAUAACAUCUGUCUUUUUUCAUCUGCUGACAUUUUGGGUUUCUUUCAGUGACAGAAUUGGCGCACUAAUGUGUUAUUUUGAAAGUACGUCAUAGUUUUAUCGGAGUAGUUGCUGCUCUAUUCAAGCUACAAGGAUUGCGAUUUCUGUGUUUGAAAAGUAUAUUUGACAGAUAAUAAAUAUAAAGUGUUGGAUGAUGAUGUAUGGAGCAGUUUGUGGAUAAAACCAUACAAAAAUCCAACUU